CCAGCAUCCUCUUCUUCAUCCUCCCCGCCGCCACCGGCCAUCGCUGCCUCAUCGAGCUGACUGAGGAUGCUGAUGAUGAUGCUACCGACAUCUUUUUCCGGCCUUUAGACGCAUACAGCGACGCGCCAUGGACCGCCUAUUAGGACAUCUCGUACUGGACUGUAAGCCCUGUUGUCUAAAAGAAGAAUGAGGAAGAAGCGAAACAGGAAGCCUCAGGAACACUGUGGACCAUUUCUGUGAAGCCUCCAUGAAAGCAUCAGAAGAACCACUCUAGUAUUCCGGAGCAAUGGCCAAGAAAGGGCGUGCGAAGGGUGAGAAGCCUGAAGCCCUCAUCUCUGCCUUGCAGGCAGCCAAUGAAGAUCUCAGGUCCAAGUUGACUGACAUUCAGAUCGAACUGCACCAAGAAAAAUGCAAGGUGAGCAAGCUGGAGCGCGACAAGGUGCAGGAAGUGAAGCGGGUGCGAGAGCAGGAACAGCACCGCCAUACCGCCAUGCUGACGGAGCAGCGAGCCAAGUGGCACGAGGAAAAGCAAAAGGAACUCCAGGCCCUGCGGGAAAACCUGACGCGACAACAUGAGCAGGAGCUGGCCCGCCACGCCAAAAUCAAAGACCAGGAAAAUCAGAGGCUCAAAACCGCACUCAGCGCUAUUCGGGAUGGUAGCGGAGAGAAGGUGCGCACAGCACUGACCCUGGAAGCCAAGGAGGACGCCCGCCGCUUCUUUGACCAGGAGAGGGUUAAGCUCCUGCAGGAGAUAGCCGAGCUGAAGUCGACCAAGAAACACACGGACGAGGCUCUCAGCAACAUGAUCCAGGCGGACAAGAUGAAGGCUGGUGACUUGAGGGUGGAGCACCAGCAGCACCAGGAACAGAUCUCCAAGAUCAAGUGGGACUGUGAACGGGACAUACGAAGACUGGUGGAUGAAAUAAAAGCGAAAGAUCGCACCAUCUUCUCUUUGGAGAAAGAGUUGGAGUCAGCAACGGGAAUUCUACUGAAGCUGCAGCUUCAGAAAGAUGCGCUGGAUGAGCAACUCUUCCUUGUCAAGGAGGCUGAAUGCGGCCUGGGAAGUCCAAAAAGAGAGAUUCCGGGUAGAGUAGGAGAUGGUGCAGAACACUGUGGCAGCCCAGACAUGAGAAGAAACCAAAGGCGCAUUGCUGAACUAAAUUCAACUAUUCGAAAGUUGGAAGACCGAAAUUCGUUACUGGUUGAUGAGAGGAAUGAACUGCUAAAACGUGUGCGUGAGUCAGAGAAGCAGUGCAAGCCCCUGCUGGACAAGAACAAGCUGCUAAGUAAGAGGAAUGAUGAGCUUACUCUGACCAUCCAGAAGCUGGAACAGAAAGCAAAGAGUCUAGCCAGGGAGAACCUUGAAAUGAAGGAGAAGAUUAGCUCGCACCCUCCGCUAAAGAAGCCCAAGUCUCUGAACGACCUGGACCAAGCCCAUGAUGACCAGGAAAUAGCCUUUCUAAAGCUUCAAGUCCUGGAGCAGCAGAGCAUGAUAGACGAGCUGGCGCGAGACAGAGAGAAGCUACUUAGAAAAAAAAGACAUAAAAGGAGUUCCAGGCCAAUAAAGAGACACAUUGUAGUAGACACCUUUUUUGGGUACGAUGAAGAGUCUAUGGACUCCGAAACAUCCUCCGUGGCCUCUUUCCGAAUGGAUAGGACACCCGCUACUCCAGAUGAAGACCUGGAGGCGGGCCUAGCCAGUGAAGAGUCCGAGCUGCGGUUCCGUCAGCUGACCAAGGAGUACCAGGCCUUACAGCGAGCUUACGCUCUGCUGCAAGAACAGAAGGGAGGCAUACUGGAUGCUGAGAUGGAAGCCAAGGCUCAGGAGCAUAUACAAGCAGACAUACUCAGGUACAAGGCCAAAAUAGAGGACUUGGAGAGGGAGCUGACCUUGAAGGGUCAGGACUCCAAAUGGGUGGAGGAGAAGCAGCUGUUUUUACGAAGAAAUCAGGAACUUUACGAGAAGUUGGAGAAGAUGGAGUUGGAGUUCAAUCGAAGCCAGGAGGAGCUCCAAGACUCUAGAGACCAGAAUGAACUGUUAGAAUUCCGAAUCCUGGAAUUAGAGGAACGAGAGCGGAGGUCACCUCCUUUCAACCACCUUAGGAUGCAUCCCUUCUCUGAGGGAGUCAGUGCACUGCAGAUCUACUGUAUGAAGGAAGGGGUCAAGGAUGUGUGCAUACCAGAUCUGAUCAAGCUUUUAGAUAUCCUUGGAGACAACGGGAAUUUAAGAAACGAGGAGCAAGUGGCGAUAAUUCAGGCUAGCACAGUUUUGUCAUUAGCAGAAAAGUGGAUUCGACAGAUAGAGGGUACAGAGGCAGCGUUGCAUCAGAAAAUGAUGGACCUGGAAAUAGAGAUGGAAAUGUUCUGUAAACAGAAAGGAUACUUGGAGGAAGAGCUGGACUACAGAAAACAAGCCCUGGACCAGGCCUACAUGCAAAUCCAGGAAUUGGAGGCAACAUUAUACAACGCUCUGCAGCAGGACAAGGUGAUCAAAUACGGCGAGCCUCUGGACGAACUCCAGCGGGACGAGCUGCGAUCGGCAGUGGAGAAGCUGAGGAGGCAGAUGCUGAGGAAGAGUCGAGAGUACGACUGCCAAAUCCUACAGGAGAGGAUGGAGCUGCUGCACCAAGCACACCAGAGAAUUCGAGACCUUGAAGACAAGACAGAGAUCCAAAGGAGGCAGAUUAAAGAUCUUGAAGAAAAGGUGGUGCAUCAGCUCCGAGAUCCCAUUUGUCACUGCUAUUGUGUUAUUUAUUCGCCGUUGGAGUGUGGAGCAACAGUGGUUCUAUGUGUGGUGGUAGUAUACAAGUCAAUGGAUGUUGGCCAUGGACGCUCACUCUUAUUUUAUUUUAUUUAUUUAUUUUUUUAAGUGGGUCUCUCAGGAUGCAGGGCUGCAAGAACAAUAUGCACUCACACACACAUAUACACACACAGCAACAUAAUACAUACAUGCAAAUGCUGAUGCAUGUCCAUAUUGACAAACAUGCUUUGACAAAUCCAAAACCAAAGCCCGGGAAGUAAAUGAUGUCUCUGCCAUGCAGGGUAAUAAUUAAUAAUAUUGUGUGUCAGCCAUCAGUGUUUGGGGGAAAAAAACCUGACCCGCCCACAGCUGAUUGUCUCUUCUUUCAAGCCUAACAUGGACCAUCAGACUGUUUUGGACCCUGCUGAGGUACAGACACUAACUUGAAGGACACUAAAGAGGAACUAUGGACUGGAUUGUCAACAUGUAGUUUUUCCUCCAAAGGCAGCAAAUGUUUUUUUUAACAGCUCACUAUCCCUGAUAUACACACACAUGUUCAUAUGUACAUUCAUUUAUUCCUUGUUGUUCUGUGAAUGGUCGCACUUCUACGCUUACAGCAGCUCGAGCAGUCAAACUUCACAAUUUCAAAUUUAGAAAGAUUGCGUGGAAUUUCUUGUGAUGACCGCUGCAAAGAUGAAACUGAAGAAAAAAAAAUGUUGAAUGUGGAAUAUUUGCCUCCCUGUUUCCUCUAAUCACCGCCAUCCAGUCAACUGCAGGGGGAAGUGUAGUUGCUCUUGCUGAUCAGCAGAGGGCAGCCUCCUCCUAAAGUCCAAUCACCCUUUAAGAGUUUAUCAGGCUUGUAAAUAUUUAAACAUAUAUUAGGAUCAUGAUUGGUUUAAGUUAUCUUCAAAUCCUAAAAAAAUAUGGAAACAAAACUAACCAUUUUGUGUAUUUUUGCUAACCUUAAUACUUAGAGCCCCUUUACUGACAACAAAGGUCCAACAAGCCCUGCAAUAUUAAUGAUAUCAUUAUGAGUAUAUAUUACAUUCAUGACUUCCCGGUGGAAUGACUGAGACAGUUUUUGUGCAAACUUUGCUGACAAGCAGUUGCCUUAAAUGCACCUCCCCCAUCCUUUUGCCUGUACAUUACUAACAUUAACCGGUUUGUUCCCCUCCCCAGGUGGUUGAUAUUGUGUAAUGUAUAUUUAAAAUCUAUAUAUAUAUUUUGUUUUUAAACUCACAGAGGAUUUUUUUAUCGGUCUUCCAACAAGAGUUGAACCCCCUGACCCCGCCACCCACUCCUACUUUCACGUAGACGAUUAAAUAAACAAAAAGUCAAAUGUGUUGUUUGACUUUGAUGGAUGACA